UGAGGGUCGACCUGCCCGCCGAGGAUCUGUUGAACAUCAAGAAAGGCUGGCUAAUGAAACAGGGAUUGAACAAGGAAUGGAACAAGCAUUGGUUCGUGCUGCGCGGCUGCGGUCUCAUGUACUACCGAGAUCCCUGCGCGGAAGAUAAGGGUAUCAUGGACGGCGUCAUAGAUCUGAAUACCGUUACUGCCGUCACGCCCCUUUUAGUCGCAAGAAAUUAUGGAUUCCAGACUGUGGCCUGGGACGAUCGAGGAACUACCGUCUUGUCCGCGGUCACCGCUGGUAUACGGGCCAGUUGGAUGUCGGCCAUUCGGAGGGCUGCCAAUUUACCAGACCCGGACAGUAGCAGUGAUUCUCUCACCGUUUGUCAGGAUGGCCAGCCAGAUACCACUCCGCAAUCACCCACUGCAUCCAUCACGGACCGCGAAAGAGACUCGGUGGUUCCCUCGACCUCUGUCACGCCACGCUCAGUGCUGUUCUCCUCGGACGAGGAAUAUCGAACAGCGUCAGAGGGUGGCAGGAGAGAGUCAGGCGACUGGUCCGAAGUGCCCGUGUCACCACCUCUGGUGAGAAACGGCGACUGGCCCAGCGGAUUGAAGGGUUCCAGCUGGUCAGACUCGGCGAACCACGAAUGGUCGGAAUUACCACCGUCGCCGCCGUUAACCAGAACGGCGCUGUCGCGAGUGAAAGCUCGGUCCAGAUCAAGCUCCAGGUCUAGAGUGUACAAAAGAAGCUGCAGCUCGCCUUUGAGUUCAAGGAGGAGCACUUUGGACAGCGUGAGGUCAGAGGAUCUAAUGAUGGCUUGCUGCGAACUCGGAGAAGACGAGGAGCAGCACAACGGGCACAUGCAGAGCAACAGUUGUCUCUCGAGCGCCAACGAGAGCCCGCUAAUCGUGGAAUUGCUGGAGAGCCAGGUAUCCCUGCUGCGUGAUCAGCUGGAUCAGAAUCAGUCCCACCCAAGCACGCUACUAGUCAUUAUCGAGCGUCAGGAGAGCGAAAUCGAGAGCUUGAAGUCGCAGCUGAACACGGCGAAAGCGGACGUUGCCAGCGCCGAGAAAGAGCUGUCUAGGUUGAGGCAGCAGAAGGCGGAAGCUUCCAUCAGAGAGAAGCAGGUGGACGAGCUGUUGAACACGAUUCAGAGAACGGAGCAGCAGAGGAACAAGGAUUUGGAGGACCUGGAGAAGAUGAAGAAGAUGUACAACAGGGACAAAGAGAUGUUGGAGUGUAAGUUACUGGAGACGGAGGCUAUUCUCAGGGAGACCAGUGAGCGGUGUGAGAUGCUUACCAAAGAGUUGGCAUCGAGUCAUAGAACUGUUGAACAUCUGCAAUCGGAGAUAGCUUCUUUGAGUAACAGACUGUCUCAAGGGAUAGACGAAAACGAGCGUUUAUAUAGCAAAGUCAGAGAGUUGGAAGACAAAGGAGGAUUGUCCGCUGCGAGGGAGCGUGGGCGGAGUUUCGAUUCUCUCAGCGAUUUGACGAAUAUCGAAUUAGAUCUGGACCUGAAUUCGCUCGACAAGGAAAGAAUCGUGGAAGAGUACGACGAACUCCGAAGCCGCUUCGAGAAAGCUAUCCUGGAGAUACGCGCGAUGCGCAAGGAACUUCGCGAAGCGCAUGCGAUACAGGACGCACUGGAACUAGAAAUCUUCGCUCAUAAGCAGGAUGCAGCUAGUGUCAGCGAGACGAACCAGGCCCAGAUACAGUUAAUGGCAGCCAGGAUCCAAGACUUGACGAACAAGCUUGCGGCCAGCGAAAAACAAGGCCGUGAGUCUUUUCAAAUCUCCCAAGAGAUGGAGGACAAGCUGCUGGAUCUGGAGAACAAGAUCUGUGCUAUAGAACGCGGGAAGAGCAUCAGCACCCCCGUGUCGACUGGAAGCAGCUCGAAGGAGUCGAGUCCGAAUCCAAAGAAGGAGAAGAGGAGGGAUGGCAAGAGUCUGGAUCGUUCUAGAUUAAGAAGAAAAUCGCUGGACAGUGCAACCAGCUCCGAACCGAUGAAGGUAUUGAUCAGACUGAGUACGUUGGAGACGAAAGUGGCGAACGUGGCGGAAAAUAUGGCGAGCGACGCCGAGAAGGACUCCAGCGAGUGUAGCGAGAUCAGUGCGUCUUCUACCAGCGAAGUUUCGUUAGAGAUCAUCGCGAGGUUAAGGAAAUUAGAGAGGGUGGUGUCAAAGUCGAAGAGAAGGCUGGAGAAAUGUUUAGGUUCGACGCAAGCGGAGGAUAAAGCGGAGAAGUGUUUACGCGAGGUAAACGACAUCCUGGACUCGUGCUUAGAAUGUAAGAAAACCCAAGCUAGCGCUCAAGUGACCGAGUCAGUAGGCGUAGUGGUAUCUAGACUAGAGACUAUACUUAAAGAUAAAUUGAGCGAACUCACGAAGAGACGGCAGACGCUGGAGCAGAACGGCCAGCUGGACGAUCGGGAGAAGAUGAAGCUGAUCGCGGAGAGGGUGGCGUUCGAGUUUGUCGUUCUGAGACAGGUCAAGUGCGCGGUCGGCCGGUCAUUCGACCGGAGUGCCGUUCUCAGUGAAUUGGUCGAAACUAGUCAGCUUGCCUCAAGCUUAAUGCGUAAGAUUCACGGAACUAAGCCCAAAACGUACCAAAACACCAGUUACAUUCAGUAUCUUACUAGAGUGUUAGCUAAUAAGUUAGUACUAGUAGGUGGCGUGGCCGCGACGGAAACCACGACUAAAGAGGUGUCCGCAGCUCGUAGCGAGAGCUUAAAUUUUUUGCUACAGAAACAACGCGAGAUGAACGAAGUCGUUCGUAGAUACAAAGAGACGAAAUUGAGGCAGCUCGCGGAAGCUCUGGCCGCGGAGACGCUGAGCAUGUCCGAGCAGGAAGAUUCGAACAAACAGCAAGUGAUGAAUUCGAGCAGAAAGUUACUGGAAGAUCGACGAAUUCGAGAGGCAUGGGCAUUGGCUCAGGAAACGGUGAGCAAAGAGUUGGUACAGGCGGAAGUGUCUCACGUGAUCAUGCGAUGUGGUCAGACGUACGAGCAGAACAUCACGAGCAUCACCGAUGCCUGCCUCAAUUUCGACAACACGGAGAGCAUAACGUUGGAAUCUUGGAUCGAUGCGGCGCAGGCUAGGCUGCGCCAGGAGAUGGAACUAUCCACUCACGAACUGUCCGACGUGUAUGAGGAAUGUCUUCGUCAGUUGAAGAAGAACAAGUCGACGAUGGUCGAAUCGAAAUACGAGUCCCGACAGCUGUUAACGGACUACGCGGACGUGAUCGCGCACAAAGCUUUAAUAGACGCCAGAAUCGGGCUUCUUCAGGAGAACACGAGACAGUUGACGACCUUCCCUGGAGAGACUUUCGUAUCUAGUCUAAUCCGAAACGACGACGUUCUUUCGAGUCUGCUAACAGCAGACGAUCACGAGUUCCAAAGCAAUCCGAUUCUCGACGCGGAGUACAGUUACCUUUAUCAGCAGUUUAGCAAGGACUGCGAGGACAGGAUAUCAGGCUCGAAGCGUACCUCGAAGGAGCAGAUGAAGAACGUCGGCCAGAGUUUGCUCUACCUAGAGGAGGACUUGGUGGAGCUGGGCAAACGCGUUCGAGAGAGAUUAUGCGAGAAUAGCGAGAACACGGCGUGGCCGUCGAAGUCAUCGUCAGUCAUCGCGGACUGGUCUAGCGUGUGUGAAAAAUGCUCGCAGCUGCGCGAGCAGAUCAAGAAGCUGAGCGACCACAUGAAUAGCGUGACUUGCAAACAGUGCGACCAAUUGCAGGAAACCAUUCAGAGGAUAACGGUGGAGCACAAUAAAGAAUUGGAAACGUUGAAGCGCAACCAGGAGAGGGACUUGAUGGACAUCAAGGGUGAACUAGACAGUCAGCGGCAAUCUUUAACCUCUCAGUACGAACUGGAAGCGGCCAGUUUACGAGAAAAGGCUAGAAAAUUGGAACACAGACUGAACGCCAUGGAUUCCGAGCACUCUGCUCACGUGAACGAACUUAGAGCCGCUUAUCAACGAUCGAUGAGCGCGGAAUUGGACACAGACGCGGAAACACGGAAGAGGUACAAGGAAGAGAUCAAGCAGCUGCGAGCGUUGUGCGAGAAGGGUCUGCUCGCCAUGGAGAACUCUCACAGACGCACCAUUUCCGAAAUGGAGGAGAAACACCGUCAGGAAUUGGAGAAUUUGAGGGUGGAAAAGGAACAGGCGCUAUCGGAAGAGACUCAAGCCACCUUGGCGGCUCUGGACGCUAUGAGAAAGGCUCACGAGCACGAGGUACAGAAGGAAAUAGCUAAAUUUAAGCAAGAAUUCGUUAAACAAAUGCAGGCACGCGAGGACAUUGGCGUGCUUCACAAAGAACACGAGGAAGAGAUGGAGGAGAUCAAGCAGGAAAUCCUUUCGUUAUCCGCAAAGUACUCCUCGAAGUGCGUAGAGUCUGCGGCUUUGGAGGAGAAGGUAGGAUCCCUCACCAAGCAGCUUGCACAAGCGCAACAACACAUUAUGCAACUGGACGUGAGGAAUAAACAAUUGAGGGAGCAUUUGGUGUUGGAAACGAACGACAGCACGAUAAACGACACCAUGCACAUGUUGAGGGGCAGAGACAACGAGAUUGCCGAGCCGAGGGAGGAUAUUCAUCGACUGCAACAGUUGAAGCAUGGGGAGGCCCCUCGUGAUACGUCCGGUGUGCCAUCGAAAUCUCCGUCGCUAAGCUACUCGCCGCAGCGUGCCCGGAGUAGUCACGAGCCGCUGCUGAGAGCGGCGAGCAGCGAGGAGCAGAGAACGACCGGCGAACGGCCGAGAAGCUCGCUGUCCACGUUGCAAAAGAGCACGCCGGACAAGCAGGCCGCGUUCUCGUACAAGCUUGAACGCGUUAAGUCGGUGUCGUUGCCUUACUCGAGUAACUUGGUUAGGCCGGGCAGUAGUUCUGGCGUGCCGUCGCACGACAGGAAAGAGGUGAGCUUAGGGCAAAAGAGCCAGGAGCGUAACGGCCUGGCAUCGCCGCUGUGGGACAGCCUGAGACCGAGGAGCGGACUGCCCCAUCAGUAUCAAGGUGGCACAGCAGAGGUGCGAGUCGACGGCGCCGGCGGCGGCUGGCAGAGCAGCAACAAAACCGAAAAACAGCAACACUCGGAGGCAUACGGCUUCCGUGCCGACAAUCCUCGCGCGUCCCGCCUCACCCCGGAACCCCCAGCUCUCUCCGUUGCAGAGCUGAUGAGGUCUCCAGCAGUGAGGUGGUCCAGCAGAAGUUGUCGCAGCUUGCCUCCAACGCCCACGCCGAGUUAUCAUCACCCGCUCCACCCCCCACUGCCAGCGGUGGGCAUGGUCGCCGAGAGGAAGAAACGUUUCGAGCUCUGAAUUGCUAAUCACGGGUAUACCAUCGAGUCAUCCGGGGACGAUUCAGCGUAGCGAUCAUCAAGCACGACACACGCCAUCCACGAUAACUCGCUGAAUAUCACGCAAAUUAAUUCGCACGUACGAUUGUCUUCGAAUGGUGCUACACACAUACACUGGUUGCUCGUUCUUAAGUCUUCCUCGAGAGAAGACACAUAGAUUUCGACUUAUACAUUGUCACCCGUGAACGAAUAGCAUUUUUCUUGCAUUUUAUUCAUUUUCUUUGAUAUUCCGAAUCAUUUGUUAAUUAUUUCCGGUUUGUUCUCUGU